UGUACUGGAGUGUCCAGUCAGUGUGUCUGUAUGAACCCCUCUCUCUCUGUCUCUCCCAGUGAUGUUCAAAGAGGAGGAGCCUCUUCCUUGCCCUUCUGCAAUGGUCAUGGGGGGGUUGGGGGGAGUGACACUACACCCCUUGGGUCCUGGUGAAGGAGGGGGUACCCCCAGACCGCGAGGGGACCAUGGGGGAGGCGAUGGAGGAGAGGGAGUGGAGAGUGGUGGGCAUCAGGCAGGGGUCACCCUUCCUCCUUACCCCAGCGAGUACCACCCCAGUUACCUCAGCACCAUGGGGUAUCAAGACGAGAGGCCGGAGAGCCACAGCUACUGCCCCCACGGUGGGGACGGAGUCCCAGGACGCCCGAGGGGUGCGUUCCUGGAGAGGCACCCCAGCUUCGAGUGCCUGGAGCUGGGCCUGAACGAGCUGAUGCUCCCCCAGUUGCAGAGGCCACACCCCUCUGCCCUCUCCCCUUCCCCCUCUCCCUGGCUGGACUCCCCCUACCUGUCGUCCUCCCCCUCGCCGUCCCAGGCCUCCUCCCUCAGCCCGUACCCCGCCGACAGCCCCGUCUCCAGCUCCCCCUGCGCCCCCGCGGCCUUCGCCCAGCUGUCGCCCGGCUGUCCCGCGCCCCCCUUCGAGCCCCUUCCCUGCCCGUUCGCCCCGGAGUCCUGCCCCCCCUCCCCCUCGCCCUCCCUGUACCCCCUUCCUCUCUCCGUCUCCCAGCAUUACUUCCACGCCGACGCCCCCACGCCCCUCCCCGCGCCUCCCCCCCCUUCGUACCCCGGGCGGUUCGGCGGGGGCAGCUGUGACUGGGACCUGCGGCAGAGGGGGUUCCAGUGUGGGGACCCCCCGAGCCACCCGCCCCAGCCGGGAUCAGGGGCUCCUCCAAGCGGGGUGAAGCCAGAGGAGAUGCCCUUGGAUUUUGGGGCGCCGCCGCCCAUCACGCUGGAGGAAGUGAAUGAAUUCAUAGGAGACAACUUGACUGAGUUCCCUCACGCGGGUCUGGAAGGGAGACCAGCCUAGAGCACCGAUGCUGCUGCGGCCCUCUCGCGCCCUGAGCCUGGAGGUCACUCACCUCGUACCCAGAGCAGAGCAGCUGAGAACAGGGCCCCUCUCCGCCCCCCCAGAGAGUGGAAGGGCCGCCCAGUUCUCACAGGCAACACCUAACCACUCUCUGCAGAGACAGGG